CUUUGAGAACAUUUCAGCUCAUUUUUUGGGAUCAAAUCAAAGACACGAAACCCUAAAAAAUUCAGGAAGCUGAUUGAAGAAGAUGGGUGGGAGGAAUGACGAAGGUGGCGGAGGCAAAGAGAAAGAGGAAGAGCAAGACGGCAUGUCCGUACACUCUCCCUGUAAAGCUUUACCUUCCUCCGCGUCCUCUCUCUCCAAGGAGCAGUCACAGGUUGAAUUGGAGCUCAGGUUAUUAGAAGCUCUUGAAAUCUACCCUCCCGUUAAACUCCGAGGCAUACAUCGCCACUUUGUUCUCUAUGGUCUGAUGGAGUAUCUCGGAAGAAGCUUUGACCGACAGUUCACAGCGGAUGAGGUUCUGCAGCUACUUGAUCGUUUCUACAACAUAGAGAUGCUGAAAUCAGAUGAUGAGGACAUUGACAUUCUGAAUCACGAGGAAGACUUUAGCUUGCCGCAGAGUUACUUUGAGAAGGAAGAACAGUGACAGAAGAAGUAGAAGAAGAAGAAGAAGAAGAGGUCUUUGCUUUAUUCAUCUCUCUCUUUUUGUACAUACAUGGUUAGAUUUGUCCCCAGCUCUUAUGAUAAGUCCAUUUUGUAUAUUAUGCAGUUUUGAUGUCUAUAAAACCAUCAGAAAUGAUCUUUUUGCUGUCAUAGAGUUUACUGGAAACAAGCUUUUUGCUCAGCGGUUCUCUCUCUUUUCAUGAUGACAUUUAGAGACAGGGUUGUGUUUGUUUGUUUGGCAAUUUUUAAUAAUACAGUUGGAUUGUUCUGAACU